AUGGUGGUUAUGCCAGUGGUGGUUAUGCCAGUGUUGGUUAUGCCAGUGUUGGUUAUGCCAAGGGUGGAUGCUGUUUCUGCUUCUUCCGCUGCCGCUGCUCCUGCAUCUGCGUCUCCUGCUGCUGCUGCUGCUGCUGCUGCUCCUGCAUCUGCGUCUGCUGAUGCUGCUGCUGCUGCUGCUGCUGCUGCUGCUGCUGCUGCUGCUGCUGCUGCUGCUGCUGCUGCUGCUGCUGCUGCUGCUGCUGCUGCUGCUGCUGCUGCUGCUGCUGCUGAUGCUGCUGCUGCUGCUGCUGCUGCUGAUGCUGCUGCUGCUGCUGCUGCUGCUGCUGCUGCUGCUGCUGCUGCUGCUGCUCCUGCAUCUGCGUCUGCUGCUUCUGCUGCUGUUGCUGCUGCUGUUUACCCAGCUGGUGAUGCCCCUGUAGCAGGAGGAGGGCUCAAUGCAGGAGUGAUGGUGGUAGCAGGAGGGGAGAUUGCGGUAGGUGUGCGAAUGCAGGGUGUAGCAGGAGCAGAAAUGGAAGCUGGGGCGCAGAAUGUAGCAGGAGCGGAAAAUGUAGCAGGGGCGGAAAAAGUAGCAGGAGCGCAGGUUGAAGCAGGAAUACAGGCUGUAGUGCGAGCGGAAAAAGUAACGGGAGCAGAGGCUGUGGUGGGAGGCAAGGGUACGCGAGAAGAGAGAGUAGUGGGAGAAAAUGAUGCUGAAUCACAGGCUGUAGUGGGCGAAAGGGAUGCAGAAGGGGUUGUGGUGGGAGCCAAGGAUGCAGGAGCUAAGGUUGUAGUGGGGGCGAAGAAUGCAGAAGCAGAGGAUAUAGUGGGGGCAAAUGUUGCACAAGCAGAGGCUGUUGUGAGCGCAAAGGAUGCAGGAGCGCAGGCUGUAGUGGGAGAAAGGGAUGCAGAAGGGGUUGUAGAGAGAGCAAAUGAUGCAGGAGCUAAGGUUGUAAUGGGGGAAAAUGAUGAAGGAGCAGAGGAUGUAGUGGGGGCAAAGGAUGCAGGAGCGAAGGUUGUAGAGGGAGCAAGGGAUUCCGGAGCCGGCCAAGCUGAAACCGAGGGGCAUGAUGCAGCGCUGCUAGGAGGACCCUGUGUAGCUGGAGCGAGGGUGGUAGUGGGGUACCAGCUUACAGCAGCAGGGCUGGUGGAAGAAACGCCAACUAAGCUCGUUCUACAAGCAUCGGGAAGCGGCGGCGGGUGGUUAUGCGAGCCGUGGUAUACCGUCCUCAGUACCACACGCAUCUCAGUCCUUGGCAUCUCCACACUGUCAGUUUCCUCGCUGCCUUCUGGGCUACCCGGUGCAGCAUCCACAGCGGGAUCCGACCCGCUUGUAGCAGAAGCACCGGCGCCGCCUCUGAAUGCGGCCUUUGAGACGGUUCUUACGCCUUGA